UGCCAAAGAGUGAGAGAGAGAAACCUUGUUCACUAAAACAUUCUCUCAUAUCUGCAUUCAUCAGCAACAUUGCAUUACUUCUCCACACAUACAGACACAUAAAUCCUUUUUUAUUCUCAUUAUGGCUUGUGGGAUGCAGCAGUUAACCUGGAGAGGCCUCGACUGGGGAUUCUGCCAGCUUUUCAUCCAGAUGACCCUGCUGCUCUCCCUCCUGUGCCCACCUACAGAGCCUGUUUCCUGGGACAAUGACUCAAGCGGCAGUCCUGUGGAGGACUGUGGGGGUUUGCGGGCAGAUGUUUGUGGCGUGUGUGCAGGCGAUGGGAGCUCGUGUGAGCUGUUUAGCGGGACGCGCUUUCUAUCCGGGCUCUCAGUUGGCUACCACAAGUUCCUGGACAUCCCAUCUGGAGCUCAACGAAUCAAAAUACGAGAAACACAAAAGACCAGCAACUACUUGGCUCUCAAGACAGCAAAUGGUGAAUUCGUGAUAAAUGGUAACUGGGUGAUUGACAGGCCAGGGGAUUUCUAUGCCGCGGGUACUAAACUCACAUACAAACGACCCAAUGAGAUAAGCAGCAGAGCAGGAGAAUCCAUCACUGCUCCUGGCCCGACAAAUCAGGAGCUGCAUCUCUUUGUGAUAUAUCAACAGCCCAAUCCAACGGUAUAUUAUGAAUACAUUUUACCCAGAGUCCAUAUCAUUGAUGUAUAUUCAGAUACAUAUUCUUACUCCAGUGAACUUCCUCUGGAGAGUCAUGAGCUGUUUCCUGGACCUGAGAUUAGCACUGAUGAAAACUCAAUGAGCAGUCCUCACCCUAACCAGGUUCCAUUAGACCCUGUGACCUCUAAACCACUUCCAUUGUACAGCUGGGUUGCCAUGACAACAACAUCCUGCAGCGUCUCUUGUGGAACAGGCAUUCGUCAGGUUCUGUUUAGAUGCGAAGAAAAGGCCACACAAACUACUGUACCGGAUGACCUCUGCACCCAUGCCCAUCAUCCUGGUCCCCGGAUAGAAGGCUGUCAAUUGCAGCCUUGCCCAGCCUUCUGGGAUGUCGGGGAGUGGUCCGAGUGCAGUAAGACUUGCGGUCCAGGUUAUCAGCAUCGUCAGGUGAUUUGCCGGCAGACACAGGGACACCGUGGCAAUAGCACAGUCGUCGUGCCGACCAGCUUCUGUGAUGUUACAGACAUGCCAGAGACAACCACGGUGUGCCAGCUGAAGAUUUGUAGUGAAUGGCAGAUUCGCUCAGAAUGGACAGAGUGCUCGGUGCCAUGUGGAGUAGGUCAGCGCAGUAGAGAAGUUGUGUGUGUGGAUAACCUGGGCGACGUAGUUUUAGAUGAGGAAUGCAACAUGGCCCUUCGCCCGCAGGACCUGCAGAACUGUGACAAAGGAGUGUGUGCCAGCAGCUGGUUUUACUCUCUUUGGAGUGACAGGUGUUCUGCAGAUUGUGGAGAAGGAAGUCGCAGUCGGUUAGUAGUGUGUAUGAUGAGUCAGACUAACUCUCUGCCAUUAGACAACUGCAAAGAAGAGGAUAAACCAGACAAGCUCAUGCCGUGUGACCUGGGACCCUGCACACAGCGGGUGGAAUGGUACACAGGACCGUGGGGACAGUGUUCAUCUGAAUGCGGUAACGGUACACAAGAUCGAGGUGUGGUCUGUGUUCUCCAAAACAACGACCAAUUAGAAGUCACCUCAGAUGACAGCUGUUCUCAUUUGCCCCGCCCUCCAAGUGCACAGAUCUGCAAUUUGAAAAGCUGUAGUGCCCAGUGGUAUAUGACAGAUUGGAGCUCGUGUUCUCGCUCAUGCGAUGGUGGCUUUCGAGUGAGGGAGGUACGUUGUUUGCAAGAAGACUUGACCUUUAGCCAGGACUGCGACCCUCUACUUGAACCCGCAAAACAAGAGGAGUGUAAUACACAGACCUGCACACCACAAAUUGAUGAUUCCUGCAGAGAUAUGUACUAUAACUGUGUAGUGGUGGUCCAGGCUCGCUUGUGUGUGUACUCAUACUACCGCACCACAUGUUGCGCAUCAUGUUCUCGGGUCGCCCAGAAAGACACACCUCACAGAAUCAGGUGAUCAAGUCACCUUACCCUUGGGAUAUAACAUCACUGCUCUCCUCUCAAUGAACUAUGAUGUCCUUGAGUCUUUGAAGUCAUGACAUCAUCUCUCACCCCUUCAGCUGGAUCUGACACUGAGAUGACAUCACCAAUCACUUUCUGUCUUUCAUUUGAAAAAAAAAAAAAAAACUCAAAAUAUGCAGAGACUGCCCUUUUUAUACAAUACAAAGAGAAUGCUCCAUGAGCAAUUUAGUAUUUAUUGCAAAUAAAAAUACUGAGCCACUUUUUUUUUUACUUUUCAUCAUGUUGCCUAAUCUCUAAAAGUAACAAAAACUUUUUUCAAUUUGUUAACCUUCACGUUUAAAUAGAAAUGUAUAAAGCAAGGAAAGUAAAGAUAGUACACCCACCAGGUAAAAAUAAAGUAUACUUGAAUGUACUUAAAAUAUACUUAAAUACCAGCAUGUACAUGUUACACUACAAAUAUGCUAAUUAACAGUUAUAUUCUACUAGUACACCAAAAAAGUAUACUAAAUACCAGUAUUACCUAAAUAGAGUUUUAAUGUAUUGAAAUAAAUGGUGUCUCAAAAUAGCACACCUGAGUACACUUAGAUGUACAUAAGGGUGUUUUCACAUAUAGUUUUUUUUAAAGGGACACUCCAAUUUUUUAAAAAAUAUACUCAUUUUCCAGCUUCCCUAGAAUUAAGCAUUUGAUUUUUACCGUUUUGGAAUCCAUUCAGUCGAUCUCCAGGUCUGGCGCUACCACUUUAAGCAUAGCUUAGCAUAAGGGGAUGUGCACACCAAAACUUUUAAACACGGCUGAAAACGCCUGGACAACGCCUAAUGCCAGCUGUUUUUAAGCUGAUUGCCAGCUUUCUUCAGCUAAGCGCUUUGGUAGCUCUGAUACGUUAGCUGUGAGACGGUUAGUUGCUGUGAUACUUGUCCCGCCCCUUCUCUACUGUGAUUGGACGGCCGCGUGAGAACUGACAAUGACGAGCAGAGCUUUUCAUCCGGGCGCCGGUUUUCAGCGUGGAAGAAAACCCCUAGCUGCUGGCUUAUUUGAAAAACGCAGAGCUUCCAUUGGAAACAAUUGAAAACAUGCAAUGGCCGUGGGCAUAAAAGUUUUGGUGUGCACGCGCCCUAAUCCAUUGAAUCUGAUUAGACCAUUAGCAUCGUGCUCAAAAAUGACCAAAGAGUUUCAAUAUUUUUCCUAUUUAAAACUUGACUUUUCUGGAGCUAUACUCUCAUUCUGGUGUAAUAAGCAAGGAAUUUGCUGCUGUAACAUAGCUGCAGCAGGCGUAGUGAUAUUACGCACUGCCUGAAAAUAGUUCCCUUGGUUACUUUUAAUAACAGGGGACUAUUUUCAGGCGCUGCUAAAUAUAUUAUUGUGCCUGCCGCAGCCAUAUCUGCCUAGAAAAUCUAAACUUUUUAUUUUCUGUCAGUCUUAGCACGCAAUGUAACUACAGAAGAGUUAAGUUUUAAAUAGGAAAAAUAUAUAAACUCUUUGGUUAUUUUUUGCGCGAUUCACAUUCACAUCACAACUUCAUAUGAACUCAGACCCCAGCUUUCUGUAGAGUGGUUGAUUUUAAUAUACAUGUCUUAACGACACGCAAAGUGGACCUCAUUACUUUCACAUGUCAAACGGAAAUUGGACCACAAAAGAACCUAAAAGCAAACCAUACUCAGACCACCUCCGGAUUGGGUGGGUCUGAGAUCACUUGAGCCCUUUUCACACAGACAUUCCGGAAAAUACACAGAAAAUGCAUCCUGGAUUUGUCCGGGAUCGUUCGAUUUUUUUUGUUCAUUCACACUGACAUGAUUCGGCAACGAUCCCAGAAGAUAUACAGGACGUGUUUGUGUUCACACAGACGCUUGUCUGGCAAUUUUACGGGUAUUUUCUGGGAACAAAGGUCUGUGUGAAUGGGGUUUUGGUUUGUUCACAUUGGAGGGCUUAAACAAACUAAGUGUGAAAACACCCUACGUUUAUCUUAAGAAGUACUAAAGACUGUUUUUUGUAAAUAAUAAGAACAAAAUUGUGUGUGUGAAUAGUGUACUUAAAAUGUAUUUUAGUGCACUUUUUCUCACCUAGGAUAUCAGCAAUAGUUUUACUACUGUUGUGAGUUGUAAAAAUAAAUGUUUUUAAAUGCAUUAUAAAUAAUAGAGUUAUAAAUGAAUGUAUAAUGUGUAAGGGCAAAUUGAAAUGAUCAGGGAUAUGGUUAAAAAUUAAUGAUGAUGGGAGCCCAAAACAGCUUAACAUUUAGUAAAUAUUUCUACAUAUCUUAUCAACUUUAUUAUAUUCAAUCUAGAUAACAGGAUAUAUGCUACUUUCUUAUAUUACCUCUUUAUGACUGAGUGGGCCAAGUUUCUGAACACUCAACAGGUGUCAUUGAUGUAAAUGUGGUCGACUGUGGUAACGGAUCUCGUUGUCAAAAAGUUACAGGUGUUUGGAAUGAGACAAUUUUUUGCAACUUGGUCUUGUUUCUUUAGAAUGUUAGAAAAUCAAAAUAUAUUUACUGUACAUGCUACAUCAAAUUGUAUCAAUUUUAUAUAUUUUUUAAAGGGAUAGUUCGGCCAAAAAUGAUAUUAAACCCAUGAUUUACUCACCCCCAAGCUGUACGAGUUGCAUAUGUCCAUCGUUUUCAGACAAACACAUUUUCGGAUAUUUUAGAAAAUGUUUUAGAUCUUUCAGUUGAUUAAAUGUAAUGUUACGGGGUCCACGACCUUCAAGUCCAAAAAAGUGCGUCCAUCCUUCACAAAAUAAAUCCAAAUGAUCCAGGAUAAUAAACAAAGGAACUACCUUCCGGUAGCGCCGCCAUCUUAGUCGUGUCCGCAUUCAGGAUGAGAGCUUACGCAGCCUAUACGGAGGCUACUCUGUUGCUGCUCUGUGCCCCUGCCCUCCGAAUUUGUCAUACGUCACUAAGAAAAGUGCGUACACUACGCUAAUACUCUCUCCUGAAUACAGAGGAGUCUAAGAUGGCUGCGCUACCGGAAGGUAGUUAUUUUCAUGUUUGUCUGAAAAACGCUGGACAUAUGCAACUCGGACAGCUUGGGGGUGAGUAAAUCAUGGGUUUAAUGUCAUUUUUGGCCGAACUAUCCCUUUAAUGAUAUGGACCAUUAGGAGGCCAUAUUAAUCUCAACAGAACAGACUAGCCUGACCUUGUAUCAGCACUUCCUAUAUUGACUACGGUUAAGUUCUGAAACACAAAACCCAUGAAACAGCAUACGAAGUGUUGAAUACAUUAAAAUCAAAGCCAUGCUUUGACUCCAUAAUAUUAUUGUGAGUUUUAAAUGUUUAUACCUCAAGAAAAACAAGCAUGUUUAAUUUUUUUUCACAUCAGCUCUUUGUGUGACAUAAUCUGGGUUUCCUUCAUUAGAAAGUGAAUUUUAAAAUGAUUGAAGCAAUAAAGAGAAGAAAACAUGCACUCGGUUUUGUGAUUUAUAGU